AUGAAACCGUCCAGCCAACAUCUGCCUCUGACAUUCCUCCUAGUUCUCUUUGACAGCCCUGUCUCUGCAACCUGGAGCUCCACCCUGCCCAGCUCCAUCCAAGCCCUAAAAGGAUCCUGUGUGGUCAUCCCAUGUUCCUUCACCUUCCCAGAUUCAUGGGAUUCUUGGGACAGCAGUGUGGUUUGGUACCAGUACCAUUUCUGGAGCUACCCUGAAGUCUACAACAGCAGAACGCCAAGCAAUGUCCUACCAGCCUACCAGGGACGAACGAAAGUAGUGGGCAAUCUGCAAACGGGCAACUGUACUCUCAGCAUCAAUCCGGUAAAGAUGGAGGAUGCCAUGAAAUAUUAUGUCUGGAUCAACCCUGGCUCGGUCAAUCAUCGAUUCCAUGAUGUCACAGUCCAGGUAGAGGUAACAGAUGCCCCUAACCAGCUGGAGUUGAGUGAUCUGGGACUAGUGACCGAAGGGGAUCCCACCCAGGUGUCUUGUUCAGUCCUGCACACCUGUCCUUUGUCUCCACCUAUCCUCACCUGGAAUCUAGACGAAAGCAAGGCUAUCACAACCCAAGAAUAUGUGACAGGUGGAUCCUGGCGGACAGAAUCGAGUUUUAACUACAUCCCUUCCCACAAAGAUCACGGCAGAUUCUUGCAAUGCACGGCAACCUUUCCAAACAAGCAACAGAUUUACAGUGGGAUCAACCUGAAUGUUCAGUAUCUUCCCAAAAAUGCAACUAUCUUGAUCAUUGGGAAUCCAAGGCUCAAAGAAGGAGACGAUGCCACUCUGAGAUGUCAGAGCCAUGGAAACCCACCACCCAUCACCUACCACUGGUUCUUUGGGCCAAAAAAGGCGCCACUGAAGGUAGCAGGUGGUGGACCAGAGGUGAAGCUGAAGGACAUCAGGAGAGACUUGGAGCCCUACCAUUGUGCGGCAGAAAAUGAUCUUGGCAUGGGGGACGACUCGCCGCCUAUUUACCUAACUGUGGAGUACAAGCCAGUGAUUUGGCCUGAAAGCAACUGUACUGUCUCAAGAACUGAAGAGAUUAUCACCUGUUACUGUGUGGCAGAGGGAAACCCCCCUCCGAGAAUUGAAUGGAAUCUUCUAAACCAGACCAUUCCUGGAGAUUUCAAUAGCUCCGAACUGCAAGCAGACUUGAGCGCUUGGGAACAAACCAUUGUUGGCAUUCUGAGGGUGCCCGGAUCUAACUUUACCCAGAUAUCCUGCAAGGCCACCAAUCAGCAUGGGACCAGCUACAUCACCUUGCCCACCAUCAAGGCAGGGAACCUCACCCUUUUGCUCAUUGGAUUGGGGGGAGCUGCUGCAGGGCUGGUCCUCUUCACCUUGCUGGGAAUUUUGGUUUACAAAGUGACAAAAAAGAAGAAGAAACAAGGGGAGAAAGAAGAGGAACAAGAGGAAAACCCCAGGCUACAUGGCAACGGAGAAGAAAUGAUUUACCUUAACACAAAAAAGCCAUCUGAAGAUAAGGAGGAGGAGCAACUCAACAUGGGCAACAAACCCAAUGUUCCAGGAAGCCAAGCUGCUGAUAAUGAAUUAAGCACCAGCAAGGCCUAUGAGAAUAUGGAGAUGCCAGAAGAUUAUGAGAAUAUAUCAACAGAAAGGACCACUGGAUAUUUUGGGAUAAGCGACUGGCACUUUCCUUUUGGCUCUGAUCAACUCUACUCCAACAUCUGA